AUGGCGGAGGGAUCGAGUUCGCUCUUGGAGGAGGAGUAUAAACCUUUAGAUACACCUUUGGAUACUUGGAAUGUUGAAGAAGUGAAAUGUUUUAUUACUCAUCAUUUCUCAAACGAAGUAGCGAGCAAAUUUGAAGGUAAGGUAUUAUAUUUCGAAGUUGCCUUGAGUGUUCGGUAAAAAACAAGUUUUCCCGCCCUUCGCUUGGCUUUGUGGAAAGUUUGGGGACUCCAAACGAAGCAACAGCGAAUAAAACAACCAGAAACGUUGUCGUUGUUCAGUAUUUUUGCAUUUGAUUGUUUUCUUCGAGUUUAUUUUGAUCUUCGUGAUUUGCAAUAUUCUUCAUUUCUCGAUGCUUACCUCGUUUGGUUUCCCUUCAUUUUACUUACAGCUGAAGAUAUUGAUUAAGACAGUUGUAUUCAACUUCUGCGCAAGUCGGACGACGACAGAACGUUUGAAAAGUUAGGUCUGUUGACUUUCAGUAAAGUCUGCAAAUUUAGGAAGGUCACAGAGUCACUUAUGCCUCGUCACUCAAGAUCAUGGACUCCCUCUUCACAGUUAAGCUUAUCUUCAAUCUCUUCCCCUAAGCCCAAGCUGAGUGAAAUUAGCAAUUUCUCAAAAGACAUACAACUCCUGUACAAGGCAAAGUGAGUAAACAUUCUUUGCUUAAUGAUAUGUUCAUGUAGAAAUCAAUGUAUCGUUAAUAACGUCACCUAAAUUGUCCUGUAUUGUUUUCCUUCGAAUCUAAGGCUUCAGUUUUUUGACAUAGAUUGAAAAAACAUUCUUAGUUAGAUACUUUGACUCUUUUGUUUAGAUCUUACUCAAAGUGCCCGAAGCUGCCCUUGGCAAUUCGCCCAUACAUCUGCAAAUGCACAAAACGUAAGAUCCACAACUUGUGGCAUGUGAAUUUACAUUUCGUUCUCGACCGUCCAAGCUUCUGAAAUGAAUACAACUUAAAGGUGUUUGAACUGCAAGGGUUCAUCUUCAUUAAGAAGAAACACAAGUUGUCAAAAUGUUAUUUAUUUCUGUUGUUUUGACAGGCGGGGACGCAUUCAGAGGGCAGCAGUUCAAAUGUGGCCAGGGAACGAUUUUCCCAACUUUCGCCUUGCUGAAGAGAAGGCCAAACUAGAUCAACUUGCGGCUUCUCUUGAAGAGGAAUGCUCAAUCCCAGAGAUAAGCUUUGGCUUUGAAGGAAUAAAAAAACACAUACAAAGUGUGUUCAAUGAGAGGAGACGUUCUCGCAAAAGAGAAAGGAUUCAUUAUGAUUUGGUAGGUAGCUACAUAAAAUAUACCAUUCUCCUGAAGGCAAUUUUAUGUCAUACAUGUUUACAUGCAGUACGUAUUAGAACUUUGUAAACACAGUUGUGGUGUCCCAGUUACUGGUAGUACUGAUCCUAGGUAUUUUUUUUAAGGCAAUAAAACUUUUUUUCCCUUUGUUUACAUGUACUGAUAAAAUAAACACCCAAGAGUUUUGAGGGAAUUCUCAAGUUAUUUAAAGCAAAACUUGGUAUCGUUAUUUCAUUUUCUUCUUAGUCCGUCAGUUGGAACAUACAACUUUUUAAGAAGUGGCUUAUUAAUUUUUUUAAAAAAUUGUGUCUGGUAAAUACAUUUUGUGUGUCUUUAAUUUAGUUAGAGAAUUUGAUUUCAUGCAUUUCAAAUAUCAGUUCUGAACUGAUAUUUCCGAUAUUUUUCAGCCUGACAAAAGAAUGUCAAUCAAAGGGAAGGACAAUGGAAAACCUCCACUGCCAACAAUGUCAGAGUAUGAUGACAUUAAAGAGGUCAACAAAAAAGAUGAAGACAAAGAUCAAAUUAGUAAUUAUGGCAGUAGUGGAGAA